GUUCCCCAUAGCCAUGGCAACAGGUCUGGAGAUAUCUCCGAUGUGCCAAGUGGGUGGAUAUCAUAUGAGGUGGAUAUAGCCUACUAUAACAAGUUCGCACCAGUCCCGAAAGACACCUAUACAGACAAGUAGUGGAAAGACGGAGAUCGAGUCGGUUGCGUUGAGGUCCUUCGGGUUUUCGUGUAUUUCUGACGGAGACCUCCCGGUGAAAGUGACCGGUUUGGGGUUUUGUUGGUGUCUGCUUUGAAGGAUACUGUAAAUAACAAGAUAAGGAUUAUUAUACGAGGGACUAUGGCAGUUUUAGUGGACAACUUAACGCCGCGGUUGUUGGCUCUUCUGUGGUCAACCGUGCUGCUGAGCAGAGGCGCAGCUGACUGCCCUAAACCACCAGAGAAAGAGCACAUCGUCCUCACCAACGAAUCACUUUUAAAGAACGCUUUCCCCAAGGACACUGAAGUCACGUUUGUCUGUACGAAUGGCUAUGAAAAACACAACGGCUCCGAAAGCAUUACGUGCACUGGUACGGAGUGGACCGAGCCUGACCUCAUGUGUAAAAAGAAGGACUGUGGAUAUCCGCAAAAACUUCCGAACAUGAUAUUGAUGGUGAAUGAUGGUACCCUAUUAGGCGCUUCAGUAAAAGUAACCUGUGAGGAAGGCUACCGAGUCCUUGGGUCUUCCUUCAAACGCUGCUUCGCUAGUGGAUGGAUCGGGAGAUCAAGUUGUGACCUUAUUGUUUGCGACGUGCCCAGUGAGGUCCUCAGUGGCCAACACACCUGGACCUCUGCAGAAAAGCCGCGCCACGGCGACGUCAUUCAGUACUCCUGUGACGCCGGCUUCACCCUCAACGGCACCAGCCAUGUCAUCUGCCAAGGCAGGGGCGUUUACAACACGACACCUCCAACCUGUGAAGCUGUAGUUUGCGACCUGCCCAGUGAGAUCAACGAUGGCCGACAUCUCUGGACCUCUGCAGACCGGCCACGCUACGAGGACGAGAUUCAUUACUCCUGUAACACCGGCUUCACCCUCCGCGGCAGUAGUCACCUUAUAUGCCAAAGCCCGGGCGUUUACAAUGCAGCCCCUCCAACGUGUAAAGAAGACGAAUCCACUACCCCUACAUUGAAUAUAACCUCAACCCCUCACCCUUCAAUACAAGGUGGCAUAUAUACGGUAGCGGCGACAGAGGAUAAUCUGAUGAAUACGGAAGCCUCCAGCCGCUCCUCACCGUCCUUAGUAGCAGUGACCGUACCAGCAACACCUGGGACUCAUGGUGCAAAUACCAUUAUGACAACGCACAAACAUGCAAUCUCGACAAAAUCCAGGACUCCAGUGGCGAGUACCCCGGAGUCUCUCGUCAGAGGUGGCAUAUAUACGGUAGCGGCGACAGAGGAUAAUCUGAUGAAUACGGAAGCCUCCAGCCGCUCCUCACCGUCCUUAGUAGCAGUGACCGUACCAGCAACACCUGGGACUCAUGGUGCAAAUACCAUUAUGACAACGCACAAACAUGCAAUCUCGACAAAAUCCAGGACUCCAGUGGCGAGUACCCCGGAGUCUCUCGUCAGAGGAAACCUGAAGGAACUUGAAAACAUUAAGGACCCCGAUAGCGAUACCAAGGAUGCGGUUUCUUUAAGACGUAACAUCGUGGUGGCCAGUGUGAUAAGCACCAUAUUAGUGGUGCUCCUCAUUGUGCUGCUGAUCUUUUAUGUAUAUCGGUACAGGUGGAGGAGAGGCUCAUACAACACCCAAGAGGAUCUGAAGCCUGGGUUGUUACAAUUCCAAAGUCUUUAGGGCAAAGGUCAGCCCAAGCAACUCUAUCACUUCCAAUGAAGAAUACAAUGUCUGUUAUCAUGGAGGGUCUGAGGGCCAGUGUGGACCUGCUUUCCCCUCCAAGGAGCCAUACCCGGCACAUCCUCAGACACAAUGACACUGCAGACAUCAGUGAAGGUCUGCAACUAGAAGAAACGCUUCCAUGAAGGGACGCACACUUUAUUUAUACAGCUUUUAUAUUCUUGAAGUUAAUAUAAAUACAAAAUAAUUAUUAUUUGUAUGUACUCGGACCACGCUUGUCUUUGCAACCAUGAUACUUUGAUGAACGAUGGACAAUAAAAUGUUAGGUAUUAAUUUAAGCCGACCGCAUUGGUUAGUCGUUGUCAGAGAAUAGAAUGUUGAGGGGUAAGAAGAAAUUUAAAUGAUUACAAUUAAUCCCACAUAGUGUCACUAGCCUUUCCUUAAGAGCACCUACAAAGGAGAAAAGUUCCCCUGUAGAAAUGAUAUUGACGAUAAUAAUAUUCUUGCAGAGCUAGAUGGACAGAGUCUAUCUAGAUAGAUGGACAGACAGGAACUGUGGGUCCUGACAGAGGAACUGUGGGUCCAGACAAAGGGAACAUUCACGGCCGCGGCUCCCAUGCAAAGGAACACAGCCUGUGUGCUGCCACGGGGUCAAGGGGGGAAUUAUGUGGAUAUAAAGAACACUGUGCUAGACACCCAACUCCAGCGUGCCAAACAUUUGAAUCCGUUGUACUGUGAUCAUGAGAUGGUUGAGAGGAUGUCUUGUUCCCCCCCCGUCCGAUGGUAGUUACUGAAGUAGAGGUCAAAUGAACAUGGGACGUCAGUCUGCUUGGCUUGACAUGAGAGAAUGUUUAAUUUCAUUCAACUGUUUCACUUUAUGUCCAGGGAUAAUAAACCACUCCAUACCAAGGUAUUUUAUGGCCACUAUGUUUUAACUUUACUAUCCCAUACUUCUAUCUAUAGUUUUAGGACUCAUAACCCUCUGUCUAACAGGGGUCACAGAGAGGAACUGCUAGGGCUUAAGUCUUAAACAGGAUGAAGGGGGGGUUUCCCAUGUUUUUCAGUUUUAUGAAUGGACCCCUGAUCUCACUGAUCUUAGCCCACACUUGAAUAUAGGCCGAAUUUGAAAGGAUGUCUUUCAACAGUUUCCCACUGCUAAAAUAUUAUGAGUGAUAUGGGAAAUAAGUAUUUGCAACAAUGUAGACAAUGAAUCUGAUAUGUUAAAGAUGAUUUGUCAGAUUGUCAUGGGACUUCUCGUUUGUUCAAUUUCAGACUUCAAAGUAGGCUUAAGCAUUUUGGCACUCAUUACCAUACUCAGCUUGGAGCGUGGAAACCUCUCAUGUUUCUGGUUAUCUUAGAACCAAUUUCUAAUGGCAAACAAUAGAUAUGUGUACAAGAAUGAAUAUGUGAUAUGGUUGUAUAACAAUCGGUAUAUUUAUUUUAUAGGCCAUGUUUACUAUUCAUAUCAAGAAGUAUCUUUGUUUUGGGGCCUAAGGUUCCAACCACACUGGCUUUGUGUAAUCAUAACACACGGAGGUUCUAUCCACAGCUUUGUGUGCUAGUGGGCCACCUUCUUUAAAUAAAGGUAUUUCGGAAGGCAAA